AUGUCACAGAUGUUACACAUAGAAAUCCCCAAUUUUGGGAACACAGUCUUGGGAUGCCUGAAUGAGCAGAGGCUUAUGGGACUCUACUGCGAUGUUUCCAUUGUGGUGAAAGGCCAGGCCUUCAAGGCGCACCGUGCUGUCCUAGCGGCCAGCAGCUUAUACUUCAGAGAUCUGUUCAGUGGCAACAGCAAGAGCGCCUUCGAGUUGCCAGCAACGGUGCCGCCAGCGUGCUUCCAGCAAAUUCUGUCAUUUUGCUACACCGGGAAGUUAACUAUGGCGGCAAGCGAGCAGCUGGUGGUGAUGUACACGGCUGGCUUCCUUCAGAUUCAGCACAUCGUAGAGCGAGGGACAGACUUGAUGUUCAAGGUGAGCUCACCUCAUUGUGACUCUCAGACCACCAUGAUUGAAGAUACCAGUUCGGAACCCCAGAGCCCCUGCAACCAGACAACAGCUGCCGCCACCUCCGCUUCCUAUGUAAUGUCUCCUUCCAUGCCCAUCCCGCUUCUCACCCGAGUGAAAAAUGAGAGCUUGGAGGUGCAGCCUAUUGCGGUACCCAACAUGACUGGCAAGAGGCCGACCGAGAUUCAAAACAGGGACAGCACAGGAGGAACCUUGUCUGCAGUGGCUCCGCCAAAGCUACAGCGGGUUUCUUACUAUGGUAUGUCUACCCUAGCUACGCUCUUCCCCAGUGUACAGCAAGUGUCGUAUUCACAAGGGGAACGCACAAGUCCUAGUGCAAGCAGCAUACCGACCACGGACAGCCCAACAUCCUACCACAAUGAGGAAGACGAGGAGGAGGAUGAGGCUUAUGACACUAUGGUGGAGGAUCAUUAUGGGCAGAUGUAUAUCAAGUCCUCUGGGGGAUACUCAGUUGGUCAGGAGAAAGGAGAUCAAAUACAGAACUCACUGGAGAAUCGUUCUUGUGUCCUGAUUCGGAGAGACCUGGUGGCACUUCCAGCGAGCCUCAUUAGUCAGAUUGGCUACCGCUGCCACCCGAAGCUCUACUCGGAAGGUGACCCAGGGGAGAAGCUGGAACUGGUUGCAGGCUCAGGGGUAUACAUCACCCGUGGACAGCUUAUGAACUGUCACCUCUGUGCUGGAGUGAAGCAUAAGGUCCUUUUACGUCGACUCCUUGCCACAUUUUUUGAUCGGAACACCCUUGCUAACAGCUGCGGCACCGGGAUCCGCUCUUCCACCAGUGACCCCAGCAGGAAACCUUUGGACAGCAGGGUGCUAAAUGCUGUGAAAUUGUAUUGCCAGAACUUUGCACCCAAUUUCAAGGAGAGUGAGAUGAACGUCAUAGCAGCAGACAUGUGCACUAACGCCCGCAGGGUACGUAAACGCUGGCUCCCCAAAAUUAAGUCGAUGCUGCCAGAAGGUGUGGAAAUGUACCGUUCUGUGAUGGGUGCAACAGCUGCCGGUGUCACACUGGAGUCAGAGUUCCAGCCCAGUCCAGCCCAGGUGUUCGAACAACGUAUCUAUGCAGAGCGGAGAGGAGAUUCUGGCGCUAUAGUGUCCUUGAGAACUAAUGCAGCAAACAUAGACCUCACCGCCAACACAAGUCCUCCGUUCGAACAGAGCCAGGAGGCUGAAGGAGCAACAGGGUCCGUCAUUCAGGAGGUAGGUGGCACUGAUCCGUUGACAUCGGACAACCCAAGCUCACCUCCAACCUCUUUCGAACAAGAUGCCGGCUCUACCAGUAGGCCAGAGACCCCUGUGCGGAGACAAGAAGCUUCGUACAGUGGGACUUUAUAG